GUAUUCAAUGACAGAUUUUUUUAUAAUUUACACGAAAUUUAAAGUUUAAAAUGGCCGUUACUUCAAACUCUACCUUUAGAUCGUUAAACAAAUUCGAAGAUACAAUUUAUACUAUACUAAAAAUAUUCCAAGCUAAAGCCCCGAUUAUAAAUAACCAACCGAAAUUUUUUCAAAAAAUAGAACCGUCAAGUGCCCAAUACAAAAAUUUAUUACUCUCCAGCGCGAUUAUUUGGUGUAAAAAACGAGGAUGCCAAAGUGGUUGUUAUAGACCCGAGCCAAAAAAAGGAGAAAAAGAACCAGAACCUGAAAGUUUGGAAAAAUAUAAUCCUUGUAAGAGAAAAACCGCGUGUGAUAAGUAUCGUACUAAGGAUUGUAAGAGAAAGAAGCCCUGUGGACAUGAUAGUUGCCCGAAAAGUCCUAAAAAGGAAUAGAAAACGAAAUAUUUAGUGCAUAUCAUCAAUCACUAAUACAUUGAUUGAAUUGUUGUUAAAGCCAAUGACAGAUUUAAAUAGAAAAUUAUUUUUCAUGAAGUGUGUCAUUCGAUAAGAUUAUUGUGACAAAAAAUCGAUAACAUCAUCAAAACACAAGAAGUUUCAUCAAGUAAAAUGACUGUUUUCUCUCCUAUAUGACCAAUUUUUGACAAUAACAUUUUUAUAUAAAUGUUUAACAACCGAUACAUAGUUACAAGUAAAUAAAAACUGUUAUUCAUUGA